GUCCCCUCUCUCAUCCACUACUGUAGCGGUCAUGUGACAGCGGGCGGAAGCGGAAGUGUGCGGACUGAGAGGAGAUGAGGGAGGAACUCAAUGUGAUGUCGGGGGACAAUUUUUAGCUUGUGAGAGGAAGGACCAGUGUGAAGAAUGCCAGGGAAACUAAAGGUGAAGAUUGUGGCCGGGCGCCAUUUGCCAGUGAUGGACAGAGCGAGUGACCUGACCGACGCCUUUGUGGAGGUAAAGUUUGCCAACACCACAUUUAAAACAGACGUGUACCCCAAAUCCCUCAAUCCUCAGUGGAACUCAGAAUGGUUCAAAUUUGAGGUAGAUGAUGAGGACUUACAGGAUGAGCCUCUUCAGAUCACAGUCCUGGACCACGAUACAUACAGUGCCAAUGAUGCCAUUGGAAAAGUCUACAUUGACAUUGACCCUUUGCUAUACACUGAGGCUGCCACCGUCAUCUCUGGAUGGUUUCCCAUUUAUGACACCAUACAUGGAAUUCGGGGGGAGAUCAGUGUUGUGGUGAAGGUCGAUCUUUUUAAUGACUUAAAUCGUUUCCGACAAUCUUCAUGUGGUGUCAAGUUCUUCUGUACCACGUCUAUCCCAAAGUCAUAUCGCGCUGUGGUCAUACAUGGGUUUGUGGAGGAGCUGGUGGUGAAUGAGGAUCCAGAAUACCAGUGGAUUGACCGAAUCCGGACUCCGAGAGCCUCCAACGAGGCCCGACAAAGGCUGAUAUCACUCAUGUCAGGUGAGCUGCAAAGGAAGAUCGGUGUGAAGGUUUUGGAGAUGCGGGGGAAUGCUGUGGUUGGCUACCUGCAGUGCUUUGACCUAGAGGGGGAGUCUGGUUUGGUUGUGCGUGCUAUAGGAACAGCAUGCACCCUGGAUAAACUCACUAACCCCGCUCCCUUUGCUCCAUCCUGUAACUCUCCAUGUAAAGAGCUAAAGGAGUCUCCGCUGGUCCAGCCACCGAGCCAUGGAUAUCGAUCGACCCACAACAGUCCCAUUCACACAGCUUCUGGCUCCCGACUCACUCAGAACUUCUCUGUGUCUGUUCCCACCCUCAUCUACACUGGGAUGGGGAGCGGAAGUGCCGGCAGAGAAGGUGGAGCCUUUAAAACAUUACUCCGACAACAGACACAGACUGCUCUAGAGCAAAGGGAGUUCCCAUUUUUCACCCUGACAGCUUUUCCUCCAGGAUUCCUUGUUCAUGUCGGUGGUGUUGUCAGUGCUCGAUCGGUGAAGCUGCUUGAUCGGAUUCACAAUCCGGAUGAGCCAGAAACCAGAGAUGCCUGGUGGGCCGAAAUUCGACAGGAGAUUAAAUCUCACGCCAAGGCCCUGGGCUGCCAUGCUGUUGUUGGGUACAGUGAGUCCACCAGUAUUUGUGAGGAAGUCUGCAUUCUUUCGGCCUCGGGUACUGCCACUGUCCUGAACCCCCGCUUCCUACAAGACGCAGCCAGCGAAUGCUGUUUGGAACAAAGGGUGGACGAGGUAUCUUCAACAGGCUGCGGGUUUUGUCACAUCCCCUAUGAUGAACUGAACAUGCCAUUUCCAGCACACCUCACCUUCUGCUACAGUUGCCGCAAGCAGAAAGUCCCUGACGUACUUUUCACCACCAUAGAUCUUCCCAGUGAUGCUCCCGUAGUGGGGAAAGGCUGUCUGAUCCAAGCCAGGUUGUGUCGGCUGAAGAAGAAAGCUCAGACAGAAGCAAAUGCCACAGCAAUCAGUAACCUUCUGCCUUUUAUGGAGUAUGAACUGCACACACAGCUCAUGAACAAACUCAAGCUGAAGGGAAUGAACUCUCUUUUUGGUCUGAGGAUACAAAUAACUGUCGGGGAGACCAUGCUUCUGGGACUGGCAUCUGCUACAGGCGUCUACCUGGCUGCUUUACCCUCCCCUGGAGGGAUUCAGAUCGCUGGCAAGACCCCCAGCGAUGGAUCCUACGAGCAACACGUCUCACACAUGCAGAAAAAGAUCAAUGAAACAAUUGCCAGAAACAAAGAACUUUAUGAAAUUAACCCUCCGGAAAUUUUGGAUGAGGCCGUGGGGUCCCCGAUCCCAGAGCCACGGCAGCGAACGAGACUCCUGCGAUCACAGUCUGAGAGUUCGGAUGAAGUCAUUGAGCUGGAUCUGUCACAUGGGAAGAAGGAUGCUUUUGUGCUGGAGAUCGAUGACACUGAUGCAGUGGAAGAUGUACAUUCACUCCUUACAGAUGUGCCACCCCCUCCAGGGUUUUAUAGCUGCAACACAGAGAUUAUGCCUGGGAUCAACAACUGGACCUCUGAUAUCCAGAUGUUCACCUCAGUUAGGGUUGUCAGAACCAACAAUAUGAAUCUGACCAAUCAGACUCUGAACAAGAGUUUCAACGAUAUGUGCGAGAAUCUCUUAAAGAGUCUGUAUUUUAAGCUUCGUUCGAUGAUUCCCUGCUGCCUAUGUCAUGUCAAUUUCACAGUUGCAGUUCCGGAGGACGAAGCAAUACAAAUUGCAGUUACCGCUGUUGCUAUCACAUACGAUAAACAAAAUGUGUUACAGGCCCUAAGGAGCAAGCCAGAGCGCACUCGUGUUUCCACAGAUACAGAUGAGCAGCUGCAGUUUUCUCUAGAGUUAUCAUCUGAUUCCCCUGGACUGCAGCCCUUCUCUCCGUCCAAAGUCACUGCCGCUGAUUACAGUUCCUUUGCAGACAGAUGCAGCAGCUGGAUAGAGCACAUAAAAAUGAGGGCUCAGACCAUAAGACGUGGAUCAAUUAAAACAAUCACAUCGCUGGACAAGGCCAGUCCUUUAGCUGAUGGCCAGCUGAGGCACAAGUCUGGUGCUGGUUUUGGAGGCCCAACAGAGACUGUUGAGAUGACCCUCUGUCCUUUAUACCCGGGAGCCAAAAUAACCAAAUACUUAGGAAUUAUCAACAUGUUUCUCAUAAGAGACACAUCUUUGCGGGAGGAAGGCGGAGAUGUUAGCGGAUUCCUCCAUGCUUUCAUCUGUGAAGUAUUCGCCAUGGUACGUGCACAUGUAGCAGCUCUAGGAGGUAACGCUGUUGUGUCGUACAUCAUGAAGCAAUGUGUGUUCAUGGAGAACACAAAUAAGAACCAGGCACAGUGCCUUAUGAAUGUCAGUGGUGAUGCUGUUAUCUUUACGAGAGAAUUAGAGCCAGAUGGCGCCCCACCUGCUUCACAGCAGUCUAUGACAACUUCUACAAACCAAACAGCAGUGGCCGGCAGAGAAGGGACAUGAUGGUCAAUAAAAGAGGAGACGAAUCUUGCCAGAAGGGUGCACAAUAUUGCCAAAUUAUCAUCCAAUCAGAUUGUGAUCUGCUUUCUGUGUUGUUUGUUACAAUCUGGACAUUCAAUUAGGUGCAUCAACAUCUGUAGAAUGCAGCAAUAUAAUAGCAAUAAUGUUCUGCAUGCGCUCAGAAUUCAUUGUAAAACUUUCACUGAACUGAAAUACCUAAUCUAACCUUCCUGUGAUCCCAGCUAUGCAGACAUAGGAAGGCCGGCACCCAGAUUGAGCUUCAUUGUGGGGGAAAAAGAAUCUGAAAUAUGAUUGGAUAAUUUUGUGUCCAGUAACUAAAUUAAUUCCAUGGCUGUUGUCGUGAGUCCAGCAAAUCUGCUGUGACCCUUAGUGUGCUGCAUUUCGGUGUGUCAGGUACAAUGGGGGUCAUUCACCAUCAAAUCAUGUAUGGAAAAGCUGUGAUGAAUCUCUACGAAUUGCAAGUUUUGGCAAAAAAUGAAAGUGAAGUGAAACCACCUUAAUCCAAACGACAAAUAUACAGGAGGCAAAAGAAACUGGGGUAACCACUAUCACCAAAUAUAUUUAAAGCCUAAUUUAAAUCUCUGAACUUAUUUUUAUCAUCUUGUGCACCACAUGUUAUGAUCUAUGACUGAUUUUGCUUGGAAAUGCUUUUAAGCCCCUUCUUGCUUGUACAUUGAAGGGUGCCGGGAAUUUAGAGACUGACAAGUUAUACUGUGGCUUACAGGACGAUUGGACACUAGCAAGCAAAAAAUUGUGCACCAACCCAGAAUAACCUCUUAUCUACCUAGCAUGCCUCAGUGUUUUUGCUGGUGUUGUAGGUUUUGAAUAUCCUAUUGAUUCCUUGUGCCCUUUUUCUGUUCAUGUUGGCAGGUUCCCUUAUCUGGUAGGGGGUUUAGACUCAUCUGGUUUCAUAUUCAGGCAUUGCAGAUGGCCCCUAUUUCUGUUGGGACUAUAAGGGGUUGUCGCUCUGCUCAUUCCUCGAAUGGAAUUUGGACCUCAUAAGCAGUAUCUUAAUUCCUGUGUGAAUGUCGGUGGACAAAAAAGAAAAUUGGAUUGUUGUACUCUUCAUAAAAUCCUUUUCAUGCAGCCCAAUGAGGGACACAGGUCAUGUUCAUUCUCUCAAUACUGCUUGCCAUAAAAUAAGGGAUGCUUACAGCUUUUUGUGUGCCAGUGUACUAUCCUCCUGUAGGCAUACAGAAUAACCGCAUAAUGGCUGAAUUCCUGUGUCCCUUAAAUUACUCCAAGAAAAGGAUUUACUUUUUAUUUUAGAAAAAUGCUGCCUCUUGCUCUCCCCCUGCUAUUUGCUGGCAAAGUUGAGUAAUAUCUACACUCCGCCCCCAUAAGUGUCCUCACACAAACUUGUAUUGCAUAGGAGUGUGUCUGACCAGGUUUGUUACUGAUUGCGGACUACUGAAGGCACUGAAUCAAACUCUGGUGGCUACUGGACAUCAAAGUCAUGUUUAGACUUUUGGCACAACUGCUGCAAAGUAAAGGUCAGACUAGGAAAAUUGAGGUUUUAGUACAAUGUCUUUCUGACUUUAUUUUAUAUCCCUGUGCCAUCAUCGCUUCAGUCCCAGACAUCUUGCAAGUCCAGGGCACCAAGAGGAAGCUUCGAUGUCCUGCCAAUAAUUCCUGAAAUUCCUGAAACGACAUGCCCCAUGAUUCUUUUGGACUUGUGUAGUCCCUGGGCAGCUGUAGGUGGUCCUGUGGGCAGUAAAAGGGGAGUAAUGUGAUCACCAACUCUUAAACUUCUUAAAUGUGUUAUAGGCUCGAGAGGUAGGUGUUACUAGGCUGGAUUCCCUGGUAGUUGCAAUACAUUUACUCCUACACAGCUUCAGCAUAGGUAAUGUCUAACAUCACCUUUGUAGUAAAGGACUGCAGAUGGAAGCCUAAAUGACUUUCCCUCUAGACAGGAAAAACAUUUCUGAGCAGGAAUCUGCAACGUGUAUGCGGUUUUCUGCAUGUAAACAAAACUGACAUGAAAUCAACAUUGGUGUGAAUAGGGCACAUAAAUGUCACACAUGUCAACGUGCAAAAAAACUGAUGUCUGCAUGCAUGAAAACGGAAGUAAACUGAUGUCUGCACAAGGGCAACCUGUGCAGUUUUCCCAUUGGUUCCCAUCAGUUCCUAUGCACAUAUGGUGUGAAUGAGCUCUUAAUGUUUGUAAAUUAAGGCUGGUCUCAAAAAGGAGUGCCUCCCAGUUGGAGUUAAUUUUUGCCUAAGGCUGGCCAUACAUGGAGCAAAUUUUAAUACGAUUCUAAACUUCACUCUGAGGGUGGCAGCCGGCACCCUUCUACCUGAUAUUAUUCAAAUGAAAAAGCGAAGGAGCUCGACAGAAAUUAUCGCUGAAAAUCGCUUGCAUUCAGUCAGAUGUGGGAACACUUCAGGUAUUUUGAACGUUGGUGGCACAGGUUUUUAGAGUAAAAUGGCUGCAGUGGGAGAUUUGCCUACCUGCGUUGUUUAGCAUAGGUUGAGGAAUCUGUUUAUUUUUAUAAAUUUUUUUGUUUAGAGAAUUUUUUUUUGUGUGUAUGGCCAACUUUCAGGUCACAUAUCACUAAAGAGCUCUUAAAGUGAACUCUAUCUGAAAUGGAAAGCCACACAACAGACUGCAGCUCAUUUGUAAACAAUAUUUGCUACAAACCAGAACCUAUUUUCUUAAAUUGCAAAUCCUGAAGUCGGUGUCCUGAAGCACUUUUGUAUGUUUAAAAAAAAAAUGGAAUUAGGAAUUUUAUGUCUUCAAACUUUAGCAAUUUUGACACCCAGAAGCCUCAAUGUACAGCCAUAGAUGCAUAGCUUUUUAUGACAACCCAUUUUAACUAGGAAUAAAUAGGAGUAACAUGGCUGAUUACAUGGAGUUCUAGUAAUAUUUAGGUUAGGAAUUCAGCCAAGCACGAUUUACUUCCAAACAAACCACAUAAAAUAAGCUUGACACAAUUUCAGAAAAGCAAAACUCAAAACAAAAAUUUGUGAAAAACAGAGCAUCACUGGUUGUAACAGCUACAUGAGAAAAAAAAAUUCUGCUUCUAGAAACCAGUGGGAGUUUUCCUUUACACUUUUAUGUGUCCAUCAGUUAUGGUCAUGUGAUGGCGGAGGUGGGCCUUAUAUGCAGCACCUCUUCCACUAAAUUUCAGUGUUCUUAUGCAGGAUAGCCAUAAAGGUACAUUAGAAGAACAACUUACGAGUAAUUUGUUAUGUCGCUGGGCUACCAUUGCACCAAUUUUAUAGAAACCCAACAGAGAUCACAGUUCUGAGUAUGAAGGAAGCAACAUCAGACAGAUGACACCUUGUAUAAAGAUUCGGCUUUUCACAAUACAGACAGCUGUUAUACAGUAUAAUAAUCCUAAUCCAUGACACAUCUCUGAUGGUGCUUGUCAAUGAGAUUCAUUACCGAAACAAGAUUAUUUUCACAAAGCCAAAAGCAGGGGGCAGCAUCAGUGGGGCUCUGCAGCCCUGCAUGAAACGUGUGGCUGUGAAGGGUAGUAAGUCAUGUGAGAUUUGUUUAAAGAUUUAAAAACCUAUAUUUUUGAUACUUUAUUUUUAGUAUUUUAUGUUCUGGACAUUGUCAUUGCACAGAAGACACAAGGAGGAGACAUUGACAGCUACAAGGGGCACACUGAUUGGAAACGGAAACUAUAAACUUGAAUGUAAAUAUUUAUAUGUGGCAGGUUGUAACAUUUCUUGAGUGUAUAGAGAGAAAUAAACUGUUUUUAAUGAGGAUAA